AUGGUGAACAUCACCGAGAAGAUCAAGGAAAAGCUCGCCCGUCUUCGUGCGCAGCUGUUGGAGCCCGGCCCAGGCUCAGGAGGUGGACCGGGUGCGGGUUUCGACGUCAGCAAAAGCGGCGACGCGCGUAUAGCAUUGGUCGGCUUCCCAUCGGUGGGCAAGUCGACGUUCCUGUCCAAGGUCACCAAGACGCGGUCCGAGGUGGCGGCGUACGCAUUCACAACGCUGACGGCCAUCCCGGGCGUGCUCGAGUACGGCGGUGCCGAGAUCCAGCUGCUUGAUCUGCCGGGAAUCAUUGAGGGUGCCGCCGAGGGCAAGGGCCGUGGCCGGCAGGUGAUCUCGGCCGCCAAGACAAGCGACUUGAUCCUGAUGGUGCUGGACGCGACCAAGAAGCAGGAGCAGCGCGCGCUGCUCGAGGCAGAGCUCGAGGCUGUUGGCAUCCGGCUCAACUGCGAGCCGCCCAACAUUUACCUCAAGCCCAAAAAGGCCGGUGGCGUCAAGAUUACGUUCCAGUCACCGCCCAAGAACCUGGACGAGAAGAUGGUAUUCAACAUCUUGCGCGACUACAAGAUGCUCAACGCCGAGGUGCUGAUUCGCGACGAGAACGCAACGGUCGACGACUUUAUCGACGUGAUUAUGAAGGACCACCGCAAGUACAUCCGGUGUCUGUACGUCUACAACAAGAUUGACAGCGUUUCGCUCGAGUUCCUGGACCAGUUGGCCCGCGAGCCGUACACGGCGGUGAUGAGCUGUGAGCUCGAUCUGGGUAUCCAGGCGGUGGUGGAGCGGUGCUGGCAGGAGCUGCGGCUGAUCCGCAUCUACACGAAGCGCAAGGGCGUGGACCCCAACUUUUCCGAGGCGCUGAUUGUGCGGUCCAACAGCACAAUCGAAGACGUGUGCGACCGCAUCCACCGAACGCUCAAAGAUACCUUCAAGUACGCCCUGGUGUGGGGAGCGAGCGCGCGCCAUGUGCCGCAGCGGGUCGGCCUGGGCCACCUAGUGUCGGACGAGGACGUGGUGUACAUUGUGAGUGGCUGGAAGGCAUAA